UUCGUGACGUUGUGAAAUACCUCCCGUCCUCGUGGCACACGAUACUGCCUCUGACCCGCCCCCCAGCUAGGAGUGAGAUGGAGAGUGAGGAACAACAACAGCCUGUCGGUGCUGAGAGCAUUGAAUAUAGUUUAUUACCUGAGAGUUCUGCAGUGGAAGAAGAUGCUCUUCGAUCGACACAGAACACCUCAUCAUGGAUGACGGCCGUGUAUCGAGGUGUUUGGUGUUUGACGGGAUUCUUGAUUUUGUCCGGCUGCGUUGCAGCCGGCUUUUUUGUGAUGAACUCCAAGUUAGAUCAGGUCAAGAGUCGGCUGAACGCCACCGAAGAAGUCCAGCGGCGUCUGAAUACGUCUCUGACGCAGCAUGACGACCUGAUGAAGAAGUAUCGAGAUCAAAUGCUCAUGCUGAAGACUGAACGAGACACAGUCCUGAAGGAGCAGCAACGGAUGAAAGACCGCAUAAAUGGCCUGAAGCCUCAGCAAAGUAAACUGCAGGGUCAGUAUGACAAGGCGAAGACUGAAAUGAACUCCCUAAAAAACUGCUGCCUUGACAUACAGAGUCUGCAACUGCAAGGAACUGUAAAGGGACUGCAGAAGCAGAUUGAUGUAAAUGUUGAGCGCUGCAACACAUUGGCAGAAGAUCUACAGACACUGACUCAGGGUCGAGUCAACCUACAACAACAGCAGCAGGACUUUUUAGAUGCAGAGAAGACGCUAAAGGGACUGGUCCGCGGCAUCGCUUGUAACAAUACCAUGGCGUCCCGCUUCAAUUGCACAAGGAAAAAAUUUGAUGUGUAACUUGUGUCACAUAUCCUAUUCCUAGCCAGUGGUUCCCGACCCUUACUGAGCCACGGCACAUACAGGAGGUCCCCGGUCUGCAUACAAAGUCUCUUCCUACGACGCCGAUGUACGUCAGGAUGUAGCCCUGAAUUACCAUUUAGGGCACUCACGCUGUACACAGAACACAUGAAGAACAUAUAAAAUACAGUCCUGAAAAGAUUAAAUACGAGAAUGAAAUGAAACGGCGGCAGAGAGCCACUCUUUUUAUCCCUGUGGUUGUGUUGUCAAGGUCAGGGGCGUAUUUAGUCAUUUGGGGGCCCAAAGCAAAUGCAGUCAUUGGUGCCCUCAAUCAACGUUCCAGUUUUUACUAGGGCAGUAGGAUGAUUAAAAAUGAAAUCAAAAUCAAAUUAUCACAGUUUCUAUUGAAUUCAUCAUAUUUGCAACUACAGUCAUCCCUCGUUCAUCGCCGUUGACGUUCUAAUUAUGUUUUUAACAUUACAGCCCUAUGGACAUGAAAUAACACCCCUAUUGUCGCGUUUACUUUCAUGUUACUCAAUAUAGUCGACAUAAUAAGAUAGAAAACCUGUUGACAACCUUCUAAAUAUGUAGAGCCCUCUACACAUAAAAUAACACCCCUAUAGUCACCUUUACACUCCUGUUACCCAAUAUAGUAGCCAUAAUAAGAGAAAAUAAGACAUAGAAAACCUGUUUACAACCUUCUAGAUAUGGUUUUAACAUCACUAUCGCUAUAAAAAAUGUAAUCCAUUAUUAUCAAAUGUGAAAUAACACCCCUAUAGUCAUCUUUACACUCCUAUUACCCAAUAUAGUAGACAUAAGAGAAAAUACAUAGAAUAUUAUGACCUAAAUAUAUUUGCAACAGAAUUAGAGCCUUCAAGACAUGAAAUAACACCCCUGUGGUCACCUUUACACUCUUAUUUUGAUUAGAAAUAAGAGAAAAUAAGACAUAGAGAACCUGUUUAUGAACUUCCACAUGUGUUUUAUUAACAUGAUUAAAGCCCUCUAGAUGUGAACUUAGACCCCUACGGUCACCUUUACACUCCUAUUACCCAAUAUACUGUAGUAGAUAUAAUAAGAAAAAAUAAGACAUAAGACAUAGAAAACGUGUACAUGACCUAAAAAAAAACUGUUUAUGACCUGAAUAAGUUUUUUCACAUUAUUGAGCUCUCUAGACAUGAAAUAACUGUUACGAUUCUGUGUCGUGCUGCUGCCCCCUUUCUUCCUUGUGUUGCAGCGCUCCUCUCCCGCCGCCUGUGAGCUCAUCAACGCACCUGCAACCCGUCAGAAGUGGCUCUUAAGCGGCAGACUCCACCACACUCAUCGCCAGAUUGUUGCCAACUUAGCACUGUCACAGGCCACUUCCUUGCUGUAGUCCUCGCUGUUGCUAUUUAGCUUCUGUGCCUUUGCCUAGUCCUUGUAAUCCCUGCCUAGUGUAGUCUGCUGCAGAGUGAUUAUCUCUUUUUGUUAUUAUCACCUGCCUUGUUUGCCGCAGUGCCUUUUGUUAUUUCACAUUUUCUACCACAGUUUCUGGUAGCUCCCUUAGUUGACCUUACCCUUUUUCCUGCGAGUUUUCUGGGCCUUUUUGUGUUGGACUUGUUACUAUCUUAUUUGU